CCAGGGGGCGAUACGAUAACAUUUCCUAGUAGUGUGCUUCAGGUUGGCAUGCGAAGAAGUCCUGCAUGAGUUCACCUUCAGGUAUAGAGAACUAAAAUAAGGUUUUGGAAAGGGAUCAGUGGUUAACGCCAUGAACGGAUCUGUUCAUAGCAUGCCUAAAGUGGUGGACAUUCAACUAAAAAGAGGACCUGCUGGGCUCGGGUUCAAUAUAGUGGGUGGUUUGGACCAGCAGUAUGUGUUGAAUGACAGUGGGAUCUACGUGGCCAAAAUCAAAGAGAAUGGCGCUGCUGCACUGGAUGGACGGCUACAGGAAGGGGACAAAAUACUGGCGAUAAAUGGCAACCGGUUGGAGAACCUGUCCCAUAGCGCGGCGGUGGAGCUCUUCCGGUCAGCUGGAGAGGACGUGCUUCUCCGUGUGCAGCAGAGACCCUCCCUCCAACAGAACGGCCCUGUGAGCUCCCGGCCUGAGAGUGAGGCGCCCGUCUCUUCAUUGGGGAUCCUCUUCGGCAUGGCCGCAGCAGCCGCCGUCAUCACCGUCGCCGUGGUCUACUUUAAGCGCUUCCCUCCCGGCCUGCGGAAGCCCAUCUAAAAACACGCCUCCCAUUUUAAGGACCAAACGUUGGGAGAAUAGAGGGCCAAGAAAAGAAAAACACAAAUUGAAUUGAGGAUAGGGACACAAGUCGGAAAACACACCCUGAAGAUGCAAGCAAGCCAUGUUUUCCUAAACAAAUAAGCAAACGACACACACACAAAAAGUAUGAAUUGGCGUUAACAUUGCUGCCAUGAUUUGCCAUGUUGAGCUGGUGUUCCCCCUUUAUUCUUGUGGGGGUUUUCUUUGACACUUUAAACCAAAGCUCUGAGUCUGUCUGUCCCAGCAUUGCACAGGAGGAGGGAAGAUUCAGCUGCCAUGUUAUCAGGAGACAGAAGUGAUUGUGUCUCCAAACUGACCAUGUAAAGCUAUAUGAGAGAGAGAGAGAGAGAGAGAGAGAGAGAGAGAGAGAGAGAGAGAGAGAGAGAGAGAGAGAGAGAG